GCGCUCGCAGAGCAGGUGCGCGCCGCGCGCCGCGCCGAGCUGCCGCUCGUCAUGGCGCACGAGAACGACGCCGUUCGUGGCGGCUGCAUCUUUGCCCACUUUUUUGAGGUGACGCCACGCGAUCUGCUCUCCGAUGGGCUGUACAACGACCUCGCCGUCGGCUGCCACUCGAACCCGCACCGGCAGGUGUCGCUCGCCCUCCUCGCAAAGGCGCUCGGAGCGACCAAGCAGACGGCUCAGUCGCGCGUGCGCCGCGCCACUGUCACUCGAUCGAUGCAGACCCGCGGCUCCUCUUCGAACACGGAGCCGUCGAAUGGCGACGACGCUGUGGAAGAGUCAGCGACGCAGGACCGCCAGAUGGUCUGA